UCUGUGUUAAAAAAUUAACUGCCUUGCCUUAGUCUUUGAAAAUGUCAGUAGUCAGUACUGUUGUGUAAUUUGUAAACAUUAUUUAAACCGUUCGAAAUAAAGUUGUUUUAAAUAAAAACAACUAAGUACAGCAAUGGCUAAUAAAAUUAAAGAUGCUGCUAAAAAGUUUCUGUUAUUAGGCCAGUGUGUACCCACAGUUAAACAAAAUGCAACUAAAAUACGGGUUAAGAGGUUAGAAUUAGAUGAAAAUUUACUAAUGUAUUUCAAAAAGGAUGAUUUCUACUACUGUUACGACCCAAAUAAAAUGUGUAAAACUGGUGAUAUCGUUUUAAUUAAAGCUCUUCCUCAGAAAAUGACUAAAUUAAUAACACAUGCAGUGGAAGAGGUAGUAUAUCCAUUUGGGGAUGUAACUGAUCCAGUCACAGGCAAAAAAGUAGCCAAAGAAAGAUACCGUGAAGAUGUUGAUCGACAGUCUGAACUUUACGGGAAGUUAGAUUCUGGCUUUGAUUAUAAAAAGGCACCUCCCAGAGGUUGGCAAGAAGGAAAGAAAGAUUUCACAUCAAAACCUACAUAUACAAGGUUUCAUGUUUUUGAUGAAAAUGAUCCUUAUUCCAUUUAAAUAUUACCUGGACCUUAUUGUAGCAUAAUUUAAGUAGAUAAUAAAAAUGAUUAAAAUAUGAA